GUCUGCUCAAUGACAGCACCGUGGGUGUGUUUCGUACCUGUGAGUACCUGCGUCUGAGACGAGUGGUGCGGACGGCUCGUAUCUCUGCUGAGGCCUUCCAGAAAGCUCUGUGUUCUCACCGGCUGCUGGAGUUGGACGCUGGAGUCAACGCAGACCUCACCAUCCCUGACAUCCUGCAGGGCCUGGCUACCAACAAGUACUGCCAGGAGUCCCUGCAGAGACUUGUCCUCACAGGCCUCACCAUGUCAUCUCUGGAGGAGCCGAUCAGGCACCGGUUCAGCUCCCUGCAUGGCCUACGCUCGCUCUCUCUGGCUAACGUGGACUUCUACGACUCGGGACUGGUGGACGUGUGUUCUCCUCGUCUGGAGAGUCUAGACCUGUCCAACACAUCAGUCACCAACCUGAGCCCCCUGCGUCUGAAGGAGCGUCUGCGUUCACUCACCCUGCACCAGCUCAAGAGGCUGGAGAUGAGCACAUCUCAGCUGCUGGGUGUCAUCGGGCAGCUGGACUCGCUGCAGCACCUGGACAUCAGUGAUGAUAAACAGUUCACCUCUGACGUGGCUCGUCAGCUGCUCAGUCAGCCGGGGAUUCUGCCGGCGCUCGUGUCUCUGGACGUGUCGGGGAGGAAACAGGUGACGGACGCAGCAGUCAGAGCGUUUGUGGAGGACAGACCGGGGAUGAGCUUUGUGGGUCUUUUGGCCACAGACGCUGGAUUUUCGGAUGUCCUGUCUGGAGAAGGAAACCUAAAGGUAACAGGAGAAGCCAAUGAGACGCAGAUCUGUGAGGCUCUGCGUCGAUACAGUGAGAGAGAAGGAUUCGUAAGAGAAGCUCUGUUUCACCUGUUCAGCAUGACGCACGUCAUGGAGACGCCACGAGCCGACAUCCUCAAGCUGGUGGUGCUGGGGAUGAAGAAUCAUCCGGCCACGCUGAACGUGCAGCUAGCAGCGAGUGCGUGUGUGUUUAAUCUGACAAAACAGGACCUGGCUGCAGGGAUGCCGGUCAGACUGCUGAGCUCUGUCACUCAGCUGCUGCUGGAGGCCAUGAGAACGUUCCCCAACCACCAGCAGCUGCAGAAGAACUGUCUGCUGUCUCUGUGCAGUGACCGUAUCCUGCAGGAGGUACCCUUCAACAGGUUUGAAGCAGCCAAACUGGUGAUGCAGUGGCUCUGUAACCACGAAGACCAGAACAUGCAGAGGAUGGCCGUGGCCAUCAUCUCCAUACUGGCUGCAAAGCUGUCCACAGAGCAGACGGCUCAGCUGGGAGCAGAGCUGUUUAUCGUCAAGCAACUUCUUCAAAUCGUUUGUCAGAAGGCGACUCAGGGCGUGGUGGACGCCACGCUAAAGUUCACUCUGAGCGCGCUCUGGAACCUGACUGACGAGUCGCCGACAACCUGCAGACACUUCAUCGAGAACCAGGGCCUGGACCUAUUUAUCAAAGUCUUAGAGUCUUUCCCCAACGAGUCCUCAAUCCAGCAGAAGGUUCUGGGCCUGCUGAACAACAUAGCGGAGGUGGGGGAGCUGCACGUGGAGCUGAUGGUGCAGAGUUUCUUAGAUCACAUCAGCUCCCUCCUGCACAGUCAGGAGGUGGAGGUGAGCUACUUUGCAGCAGGGAUCCUGGCUCACCUGACAUCUCGAGGAAAGGACUCCUGGACACUGAGCCCUGAACUAAGAGCAUCUCUGCUCGAGCAGCUGCACGCUGUCAUCACUAAGUGGCCCCCUCCUGAUUGUGAGAUGGUGGCGUACAGGUCCUUUAACCCUUUCUUUCCCCUGCUCGAGUGUUUUCACACCCCAGGAGUUCAGCUGUGGGCGGCUUGGGCCAUGCAGCAUGUCUGCAGCAAGAAUGCCGCGAGGUACUGCAGCAUGUUGCUGGAAGAGGGAGGUCUGCAGCAGCUGGAGCUGGUUCAUACACACCCACAGACACACAAAGACGUCCGUCUGCUGGCGGGGAGCAUCCUGGAGAGUCUGCAGCGCCACCAAGCACGCACUGGCCAGCACGCACACACACACUGCAGCCGCCACCUGCCGCCACCCCAGUGACAUCACAGAGAGAACCUCUGCUGCAUCAGACUCAUCAUGCUGUAGAUCUGUCUGUCAGAGCAGGACGAACGCAGGACUCUUGUGUGUUCAUCAUGCACAUACACACUUUUAUCAAGAAUCUCUGAAAGAAGAAAGACUGAUUCUUUACACACACACACACACACACACACACAAACUUUAUUUAUUUCUCUGUGGUUGUAACAAAACAAAAAGUGUGUGUGAUAAGAACUGAUAUGAUCAGAAGAACUUUGGGUCAGUCAAGUUUUUACCUGUUGGUUUUGGCACAAUGAUGAUGAGGAUCAGCUGAUUAGAUAUAAUCAAACUGUGUGCAGCCCCUUCCACUUUACUCAGCUGCUUCCUGUGUCAGCAGCUGUGUGUGAGUUGUCAUAAGUAGUGGUGUCAAGUCCUCACUGAACCCUACGUGUAAACUACUUAGGUUGUAUCUUGAGUUGGUUACCACCGAGACAUAAGGUUCAUCUGUUACUUGUAGAGCGUAAUGUCCACACAAAAUAUUGUGUCAGAAAUUAGGUUUGAACUUAGCAGCAUGUUUCUUAAUGCAGUGUUUGUUCCAGUGUUUCCUCUCAUGUAUAAUUGCCUCUGAACAGACUAACGGCUGAAAAUAACUUGACUGACAAUAAUCCACAAACUCAAAUGUUUGUCAUAUGUCAAAGCAUUAGGAUGAGGUGAUAACUAAAGCCUACAGACUUUCAAAUUGUCAAAUGACAACAGUGACAUCUAGUGUUAAAAUCUUCAAUUAC